UCCAAAGGUCUGGGUCGCUUUUCUUACCCUGGCGUGCCUCCAAUGCAGGAUGCUUGUACACAGCAAUGACAUGUCCAAGAGCCAAUUCAUGAAAGAACACUUCCUCAGUACGAACUGGAACUUCGACACGUACAAGUGUGAUGCUGUCAUGGUAGGAAAACGAAUUCUGAAAGACCAGAGCUCUCAUGUGUUCGUCUAUAUCUCAUGGUACCAACUUGAGCAUUUGUGUGUUCGUAACCAUUGGAAUGACCGCUACAGGAAUGCAUACGUGUGGACCCAGAGUCCCAUCAAAGUACUCACGUGUUACCGGGAGCAUUUCAAAAAUAGCUACACAGAGAGCAGGAGCUUCAACUACGUUGAAUUCCAUUGUAACAUGAAUGGCUACGUUAAUGCCAUAGAGGACAUGAAGAUGAUAGAAGUUAUUGACAACUAGAAUGUCUGCCUUUUCCCUGGAUUUUGGUAGAGUAUUCAGUAUUUCCCAAUGAUGGGACCUGCCUACCCAAAUAACUUCUGCCUCUCUGCACUUUGUAUUUCUAUGUCAAUAUUUUCCAAUAACUUCAAGUUAUGCAUACCAUGGUUUCUUAAUAGUCUAACUUUGCUUAUGUUGUUUCUCUGCCUAGAAUGCUCUUUUGUCAUCUACUUAAUUUAUUCCUACAGUUU